GGCGGAGGAGGAAUACGGACAAAACUCGGCUGGCUGGCGGGGGGACGAGUGGAGGAAGUAGGGCGAACGCGGAACGACCGUACCCUAACCCUACCUCGAUCGGAAGCCGGAGCAGGACCCGAGCAAGAAUGUAUCAACUCCCGGUGACCAACUUGGAGAAAGUCCGCAAGGCGCGCAAGGCAGUGAAGAAUGUGCUGGGCGAGAUCGGCCUGGAGGACUGCCAGAACUUCCUCAAGGAGCUUGAUGGUAAAAAUGUCGAGAAAGACACCAAGGAAGACUCAGCGGAAGAAAAUCCAUUAAUGGGCACCGAGUGGACCGACUUCACCGACGGCUAUAACGGACGACAACGCAAGAAGUGGCCUUACCGCUCUCGCACCAUGUGCUGCGUCAUGUGCAAGUACUCGUCCAAGAACAUCUACCACUACCGCAACCAUGUGGCGCGAUGCCACGAGUACCUGCAGCGCCUGUGCUCGCUCUCCUCCUGCCAGCGCUGCGUCUUCGUGGCACACCCGCGCGCCGUCAAGAGGCACAUCCUGCUGUUCCACGGGGGCCGCGCACAAGAGCCCGGUGCGCCGCCGGCGGCUCCGGCCCCCGCGGCCCCGCCGCCGGCCGCCGUUGUCAACCGUGGCAUUGAGCGCUACAAGUGCAGGAAGUGCUCCUACCCGUCGCAUUCCGUCUUCGCCGUCAAGAAGCACAUCAUCCUCAAGCACAUGGAGAGCGUGGCGGAGCAGUACAUCGGGUACCGCCACCCCAUAGCGGGUUCCAACGCCAAGCUGUACUGCUGUAAAGUGUGCAACGUCAACACGGGCAACCUGGACCAGAUGCUGCACCACAUGCUGGUAGAGCCCAAGCACUACAACGUCAGCACGCAGGUGCAGACGAUGAUCUACGACAACAAGGCGGCCCCCGCCGCCGCCCCCAGGGCUGUGUCCACACCUAACGGCAACGGUGUCUACGUCACGUUGCCCAACCUGGCGCCCAAGCCGAUGAACAAUAAGCCUUUCGUGGUGCCCAGCAACGGGCAGAACGGCAGCAGCACCGUGGUGGCAUUACAGCAGCUCCAAGGAGCGUCCAACAGCGCCACCCUGAUCUGCGCCCCCGCCAGCAACCAGGGUUUCUUGCCCCCGCAGGCGUCUGCACUGGUCCAGUUGGCAAGCGCCGAGGCUAAGGGCUUACUUCAGCCUGGCGCCACCAUCUCCCUGCGGGGAUCCUCGGUGGUGCAGUAUCCCGGCGUGAAGCCGGCCACGCCGGCGGUGGCCUCGCCUCAAGCGCAGCAGAUCCUGAUUCCGGCGCCCAAACCCGCGGGCGCGCAGAUCCCGCCGGCCAACCAGGUGACGCUCCAAGGCACUAUGCUAACCUCGCAGUCUCUCCUGAGCCACCUAAUCCCCACUGGCAACCGCGUCAACGGCAUGCCCACGUACACGUUCGCGCCCCUCCAGGUGGCGGUGCCCGUCACGCAGAGCUCGAUCAAGCCCGCCGAGCACACCGCCAACCAGGCCAAGAAGUGGAUCACCUGCCCCCUCUGUAACGAACUCUUUCCCUCCAACGUCUUCGACAUGCACAUCGAGGUGGCCCACCAGACCAAGUUGGCCGCGGCCCGCACAGAGAGCCUGGCGGGCCGGGCGGCCUUCCUCAAGAAGAUGCCCGACAAGACCAUCAAGUGUCUGACUUGCAAGGUGCUGCUGUCAGAGAAGAGCGUUCUGCAGCACCUGCUCCAUGGCCUCAGCUGCCUCUACUGCUCCACCUUGUUCUUCUCCGUCAAGCAGCUGUCGGAGCACGUCAAGAAGCACAACCCUACAGGCAAGCUCUACUGCGACUUCCUGCGCCAGAACUACAAGAUCUACACCAAGGGCAACGCCGGCAUCCUGUUCCCCUACUUCGACGUCACCACCGAGGCGCCCCAGGAGAUCCUGGGCGAGUGCGAGGUCAACCUGGCUCUGGUCACCAGCUCCCUGGAGCUCAUUUACGUCAAGCUGCAGCCCAGCAGUCAGCCCGAAGUCUGCUCUGCGCCCGUCAAAGUCAACGCCUCCUGCUGCCCCUUCUGUGACGAGAAGUUCCAGGAGGAGGCCAAGUACCUGCAGCACCUGAAGCAGAAGCAUCUGGUGGCGCCCACCAUCCACGCCAUCCUCAAGACUGACGCCUUCAAGUGUAUCUACUGCAACGGGGUCUACACGGGGAAGGUCACCCAACAGGCCGUCAUGCUGCACAUCCAACGGUGCCGCUGUUCCCCGAAGCCCCCGCAGGUGCCCAAAAUUGCCGUCCCGGCGCCUCCGCAGGUGCCCAAACCCGCUCAGACACCUCGCCAACCCUCGGGGCUCUACUUCCUCCAGGUGCCCCAAGGGGUGACGGUCAAACCGGUGCAACCAAAGACAGCGGUGCAACCAAAGAUACCGCCGCAGACCAAGGAGCAACUCGAGUCCACCAGGAGGCUGGAGGCCGCCUUGAAGCAGGUCAUCGAGUUCAACAAGCGGGAGCGCGAGCAGAAGGCGGCCGUGCGCAGGAAGGAACCCCCGGACCCCGAAAUCUCGGCAGACCCCAACAUCAAGUUGGUGCUGGAGCCGGCGUCCCAGGACCGCCGCGGGCACGAGGAGCGGCGUGACUUCAUCGCCCGCUACUUCAACGUCAGGCCGUACGUCGGCCGCGCCGAGACGGAAGAGCUCUGCCGACGCCUGUCUCUCAGCAAGUCGGAGCUGGUGGCGCUCUUCAGCAAGAAGCGCAUCCGCUGCAUGAAGAGCUUCAGGAGCAGCAAAGCCGCCGUGCUCCUGGGCUUCGACAUGGCGCGACUCGCGCGGCUACAACACCCUCUCGCCGUCCCCGAGCAGAGGUCCGUCGAGUCCAGGGAGGCGCAGCUGGAAGAGCUGGCGGAGGUACCGGCGGAUGCCGCGGAGGUGCCGGCGGCAGGUGAGCCGGACGGAGCCAGGGCCGGCGGAACAAGCGAAAAUGACAAAGUAGCUGCUGAGGUGCCCGUGGAGCAAAACAAUUGACCUCGGAAGGAUUCUUACACAGCCCCAGACAUGACAUUGGAACUUUUUCUCAAUUAGUCAGACGUAAUUGCCAUCUCUCCCUGUGAAAAGGGUUUUAUUUGUCUGCAGGUGUCACCAAAUUGUGCCAAAGCACUACUUUUCUUUUAGAAGAGCGCCUUGGUGCCAUCUUGUGGCAGCUUGAGGUGUUUCAGAGGAAAGGUUAAACAAAUGGUAUUCAUUUGAAGUUUAUGCGCACAUUUCUCUACUUUGUGGCUACAAAUGAGCAUUUUGUGCACAUUUUAAAUGUAUUUUGCGGCCACAAUUUUUUAUUUUUAAUUUCCGCCGUUGUCAUGUCUGGGGUGCAGUGAACCCCCGCCACCGUAGUGAAAAUGCACACGUAAUUGAUGCCCUUAAAUGGUUUAUGCUGUUCUGUAAUUGCCUACACAUGCCACCAGGAGGUGGCAAAGUCCUACUGUUGUCUAACUGAAGCUCCUUAACUCACAUCAACAGAUGGCGCCAAAGCACUACUGAAAAACAGUUCAGUUGUUCAGAGACAAAAAGCUGAGUUUCAUAACAAUCUGCUAAUAUGCAGGGGUUCACUGUGAUUGUAAUUGAAACAGGGUAAACGGCGACAUAACUCAAAUCCUCACAUGGUUGUAGUUCUUUGGUUGGACACUAGAAGGAGCCAUUUUUAGAGUGGUGAAAAGAGCAGACUUGCUACUCCUGGCUCUUUCCACACUCACUUUUUCAUAUGUGUAUAUAUGUGUAUACUUUGUGUGUGUAUGUAUGUAUAUAUGUGUAUAUAUGUAUAUG